UUCCAUAUAUUUCUUCUUUUUGCAUGCAGUGAGAAAAAUCUAGCUCAAAUUAGGAUGGACAAAGUUGAUGUGGAUUCUUAUGACAUGUUCAACGACUAUUUGGGAUUGUCCAACGUGGUCGGAAAAAAUGAAGGUUCAUUUUUUCUAAUGAAGUCUUUAUUCGAUAAACGUGACUUUUUGUUGGAAAAAGUCCCUUUUGUUUACGGCGUCGAAGAUAGCGGAAAAAGAAGUGAUUCUACCAGCUUCAACUGUUCUUUACCAACGUCGCCCGAGACUAGACAGACGGGGCUUCUGAGGCGCAACGAUAUCGCAUUAUCCGACGUCGAAAGACUGUUCGGACGUGGAGUUACAUUGCAAAAGAGGGAACCAAUCAGUAUGCCAUCAUUUCCAAAGCCGUUCCCUGCAUGUGAUACUGACAUAUUGAAUCGCAACAAAAGUUCUUUCGUAACUCCUUUAGUUGAGCGCUCAGAGAAUAAAUCUCCACAGAUGAAUGCAAACUCUAACGAUGCCGCCAUUCAUGCAGCAUUGGAUGCCAUUCUCUACAAAUAUAACCUUACACAUGGCAAACCGCCAAAUUUCGAAAAUCAACCAUUUAUCAAGCCACAGGCAGGAAUGAGAGAAAACAAAUCGAACGAUUGGAUGGAUAUCGCCUCGCUCACAGCUGCACUUGCAAAGGUUGCAGCAUCUUAUGAUGAGAAAGUGAAAAAGUUUGAGAAUGUGGAACAACAGCCGAAAAAUUCUGAUCUUAAUAGACACCAAAUGAAAAACAUGCUGCCAAGCAAUGUAAGUCAACCAACACGAUAUGUGGGCUGUUCGUUUUGCAAGAACAACAAGGAAGUGAAAGAAUGGUAUUUGUCUCAUCAACUGAAGGACCCAAUUGGACGGGUUACAUGCCCUGUACUCCGAAGUUACGUCUGUCCUUUGUGUGACGCAACGGCCAACAACGCACACACCAUUGGCCACUGCCCUUUGAACCCAGACCGACGAAAUAGCCUGCCACUCGCUAUUCGCUCCAAAGCGAAUGCAACCGGGAAGAAGAAGUUGGCUUAAAUGUGCAUUUUUAAUGAAGAAAAUCAGCUCAAGUCCUGUCAUGCUCAGGGCAUUUCAACUACUAAUCAAGAAUCGAAAAACUUUGUCACAAAUCACGUGUACAUUAUUGGCGAGUGCCAAGAAUUAGAAUUUUUAGUUUUUGAUGAAGUUUUCUUUGUAAUGUCCAAUGCAUUGUGUCGUUUCAAUUUGAUGAAUUCAUUUUUGCUUUUUCUUGUUUACAUGACAGUGCCAUCAAAUUAUACUGUUUAAAAAUUUGCGGAAUGCUUAAAAGUUUUUUUUGUCUUGGUGAAGUUUAUAACUGUUCAUUCAUUUUCAUGUGAAUGUUUUAUCAUUGUGUUUCGAUUUAUAUUGAGGGAACUUAAAUCAUUCAAAUCAAUGAUGUUUAAACAAUUAACAUGCUGAAAAACAAUACAAAACUAGAAUGUAAUAAUAGUUAUGCCAUCGAUUUCUAUACUGGAGUGUAGAAUUUUAUCCGAAACAAGCUUAGAUUGACAGUAUGCCAAAGCGUAGCAAUAUCGGCCUAUAUCACGUCUCCAUCAAAUAAUUUCAAUUGCGUGAAUUCGUGUCCUUCUGCUGCUGCCAUGUCUCCAAUUUUUUACACAUCGGAAUAGAAAUCGAAGGUAGCAGAAUGACCCGUAUGAGGAAAUUCUUAUAUAAAAUGUACCCAAUUUAUCAACUCUUUCAAAAAUUGUUGCAGUACGAUAUCGACAAUCACCCCGUAUACCAAUUUAUUUAACAUAGAUUCACUGCAAAAUUGCGCUCUGCUGCUUGUAUAAAACCUUUUAUAUGUUAUAAUGUAGUUAUUGAGUUGAAGUGUGUUUUUGUCUGUUAUUGUUGCUUCUGUUAUUUUUAUUUUAUUUAUAUCAUGAGAUUUUAAUUGACUGAACACGAAUGUAAAAUAUCCAAUGUCAGAUCAUGAACGGACAGUGCGUUCUGCGUUUAUUUUACUGUUGCGUUAUAUUGUGUUUUGACAAAUUUUGUUACAUGAAAUUUUUUUGGAAAAUUGUUAUUGCUAUAAAAAUAUUACUGGAAAUAAUGAAUUGUUAUUGUUACAAAAAUAUUUCUGGAAUUAAUGAAUUGGCUAAGUUUUAUCAUAGUUCAACUAUUUUUGCCGUUUUUUCUAAAUUUGUUGAUGUUAAUUUUAAAUUUCGUUUGUUCAUUGUUUUUAG